UGGACAUAUAAGACAGUGUACGAAGGCCUCGUGUUUUCUCGUCGCUAAAAUGGAAUAUUGUCUAAUACUUCUUUAUUCGCAUUAAUGAACUCGGAAUACCGUCUGUUAUUUCGUGGAUCUUUGCACGGGAUUCAUUGGAUGUAAUAAUGUUCUCGCCGUACAGAAGGAAAUCUAUUGUGGCCUGUAUUGUUCUCGCUGUUUUAGAGUGUUGUUGGGACGCGGUAUCAGGGCAGCUCUCUUAUUCUGUUUCAGAGGAGGUGAAUCCGGGAACAUCAGUGGGAAAUAUCGCUAAGGAUCUAAACCUUAACGUUCAGGAACUGGAGUCGCGCAUGUUUCAGAUUGUCACGGGAUCCAAGAAAAAAUAUUUCGAGGUAAAUCUAAAAACUGGAUUUCUGUAUGUAAGCGAAAGAAUAGACAGAGAGGAGCUUUGUGCCAAAGCACCUAAAUGUACUCUCAGUGUAGAAGCGGUUAUCAACAAUCCACUGAAGCUUUAUCAAAUAGAAAUUAAUAUUCUGGAUGUAAACGACAAUGCCCCAUCUUUUAGUGCUAAAACUCAGUAUUUAGACGUCGCCGAGAACACUUCACCAGGCGUAAGAUUUCCUCUUUCUUAUGCGUCUGAUGCGGAUGUAGGAAAAAAUACUGUGAGCACAUAUAAAUUAAGCCAAAUUGAGUAUUUUUCUUUAGCUGUGCACAAAGGAGGAGAUCAGAGUGUCUCUGCCGAGCUAGUUCUGCAAAAAGCGUUAGACCGAGAGAAACAGCCUGUGAUCCAACUCACGCUUACCGCUGCAGACGGAGGAAAUCCACCAAGAUCAGGCACAUCUCAGAUAAUUAUUAGAGUUUUAGAUAAUAAUGAUAACGCUCCUGAAUUUAGUCGCCCUUUGUAUAAAACUAGUCUUGUUGAAAACGUGCCAAUUGGUACCACUGUAAUAAUUAUAAACGCAACAGACAAAGAUGAGGGAACAAAUAGUGAGAUCGUUUACUCACUUAGAGAGACAGAUCAAGAUCACAUUUUAGACAUUUAUCAAAUUGACCCGAAUACUGGUGUUAUCACAGUUAAAGGCAAUAUAGAUUUCGAGGAGAACAAUGCAUUUGAGAUCCGCGCACAGGCCAGUGAUAAAGGGCAGCCUCCGAUGUCCACGCACUGCAAAGUCCUGGUGGAGGUGCUGGAUAUUAACGACAACGAGCCAGAGAUAACUGUGACGUCUCUCCUCAGUACAGUGAAAGAGGACGCCAGUAUCGGCACUGCUGUCGCUCUCGUGUCAGUGAUUGACAGGGACGGCGGCAAAAACGGUAUGGUUAAUUGUGUUGUAUCUAACAAAGUGCCUUUUAAACUUGAGACGAAUUACAAAAAUUAUUAUUCUCUAGUGGUGGAUGGACCUCUAGACAGAGAGCGCGCGUCUGAGUAUAACGUGACUAUCUCAGCUACUGAUGAAGGGACUCCGCCUCUCUCUAGCACCAGUGUCAUUACUGUACACGUUUCUGAUGUGAAUGACAACGCGCCGCGCUUUCCAGAGCCCGUCAUUAAUGUUUAUGUGAAAGAGAACAGUCAGAUUGGAGCCGUUAUUCAUACAGUAUCUGCUUUUGAUCCUGAUGUAGGUGAUAAUGCUCGGAUAACAUAUUCUUUACUAGAAAGCUCGAAAAGCGGUCCAGUAACAUCCAUGAUCAACAUAAACUCUGAUAGUGGAGAUAUACACAGUUUACAGUCGUUUAACUAUGAGGAGACAAAAACGUUUGAGUUCAAAGUUCAGGCCACAGACUCUGGUGUUCCUCCGCUCAGCAGUAACGUGACUGUCAAUGUUUUUAUCCUGGAUGAGAAUGACAACAGUCCCGGGAUUCUCGCGCCCUAUUCCGAGCUCGGUUCCGUUAACACAGAGAACAUUCCCUAUUCUGCUGAUGCGGGCUACUUUGUGGCCAAGAUCAGGGCUGUAGAUGCAGAUUCUGGGUACAAUGCGCUGCUGUCUUACCACAUCUCUGAACCCAAAGGAAACAAUCUGUUCCGAAUCGGAACCAGCAGCGGGGAGAUCAGGACUAAGAGGAGAAUGAGUGACAAUGACCUGAAAACUCACCCGCUGGUCAUUUUGGUUUGUGAUAACGGAGAGCCCUCACUGUCAGCGACUGUGUCUAUUGAUGUUGUGGUUGUUGAAAGCGCAGGUGAUGUCAAGACUCCAUUCAGACACGCGCCGAUAAAGGAGGAGAGUUUCUCGGAUUUAAAUCUGUAUUUGCUGAUCGCCAUUGUGUGCGUGUCCGUCAUCUUUUUCCUGAGUCUCAUCAGUUUGAUAGCUGUAAAAUGCCACAGGACAGACAGCAGUUUGGGCAGGUACAGCGCCCCGAUGAUCACCACUCACCCUGACGGGAGCUGGUCUUACUCCAAAUCUACUCAGCAGUAUGAUGUGUGUUUUAGCUCCGACACACUGAAGAGUGACGUAGUGGUUUUCCCUGCGCCAUUUCCGCCUGCAGAUGCAGAACUGAUCAGUAUUAAUGGAGGAGACACUUUUACCAGAACACAAACACUCCCUAAUAAAGAAAAGGGUGACUUUUACCAUCUGUCUAGGGACUGCAGGUGAAAAAUAGCCUUCUGGCUAACUCUGGCAUAUUGACAGAAAUGUUUAUUAAUAUGCAUUGUCCCUGUAAUAAAUAAAUAAAUAAAUAAAUUGACA